AUGGCACAGUUUCGUGCAGAGAAAGCCGGGUUCGCUCGAGAUGCCCAGAGACGAAUGGAGGGUAAAUUUGACUCGGAGACUGCAGCAAAAGUGCUCCGCUGGAUUCGGAUGUUGCCACGCCCAUCGAAUCUGACCGGCCCCUGUGUGGAUUCUGUGAUGAAGAUACCUCAGGAUAUACAAUCAGUCAGUUCCGACGCUUUCGCAGACUACCUCAUCGAUGGUCUUACUCUGGGUUACAUCACUGUCUGUUUGGACCCAAGUAGAUUGCACACGUUACAACAAAACACCUGGCGUGUUUCGGAUAAACCUGUGUUUGAGACAGCCCGUCAAAGGGAACGUAUUGGAUUGUUUUUGGAUUUUCUCGGUGCAUUUGGUGUUCGGGGCACGUCACAAUUCCAAACCGAUCAGUUGUAUGAAAAAACGGGCGUUGCGCAGGUUGUGACCUCGCUUUGCCAGUUGGGACUGGAGGCGGAAAGAAAGCCUGGAUAUCGCGGUCCGGCAAAAUUUUGGUCCUAA